AUGGCUCGUCAAUUCUUCGUCGGCGGCAACUUCAAGAUGAACGGCACGAUCCAGUCCAUCAAAGAGAUCGUGCAACGCCUCAACGACGCCAAAUUCGACCCCAACACCGAAGUCGUCAUCUCCCCGCCCUCCCUCUACCUGCUCAUCACCCGCGAGCAUCUGCGCUCCGGCAUCGAAGUCGCCGCCCAAAACGUUUUCGACAAGCCGAACGGCGCCUUCACGGGUGAGAUCUCCGUCGACCAGCUCAAGGACAGCAACAUCACCUGGACGAUCCUGGGCCACAGCGAGCGUCGCGUGAUCCUGCAGGAGACGGACCAGUUCAUCGCCAGCAAGACCAAAUUCGCGCUGGACGGUGGCAUUGGUGUCAUUCUCUGUGUGGGAGAGACACUGGAGCAGAGGGAGGCGGGCAAGACGAAUGAGGUUGUGCUGAGCCAGCUGAAGGCUGUGGCGGACCAGGUCAAGGACUGGAGCAAGAUUGUUGUGGCGUAUGAGCCUGUGUGGGCCAUUGGUACGGGCAAGGUCGCCACGACUGAGCAGGCGCAGGCUGUGCAUGCCGCCAUCCGCGAGUGGUUGAGCAAGGAGCUUGGUGGCGAGACUGCGGAGAAGACGAGGAUCAUCUACGGUGGUAGUGUGAGCGAGAAGAACUGCAAGGAGUUGGCCAAGGAGAAGGAUAUCGAUGGCUUCCUUGUCGGUGGUGCUAGCUUGAAGCCUGCGUUUGUGGAUAUUCUCAAUGCUAAGCAGGCAUAG